AUGCCAACACCGCACUUUAACCCGGCACAAUCCCAAAAUUUCCAGAAUCAUCAUAAUGCCGCUGCUUUCGCCUCGCAUCAGCCAUAUUCGCAACCUCCUGCGGCUCACGGCGCGCCCUAUCAACGUCGUCCGAGCUACGAUGCAGCCUACGCUCCCCCGACGGCUCAAUCGGCGCCUAUGUAUUCCCCGGUGAUGCCUACCCCUCAGCAUACCGCAGCCUCGGCACCAGCGCCAAUGAUGGGCCCCCCAAUGCGCUGGGGUUUCGAGAAUGCAGGCUCUGCCGCCGGGGGCCACGCAGCGACUCAUGGAAACCAGCGAGGACCGCGCUCGUUCAACAACUACAGCAAUAAUCAUAAUAGUAAUCAGGCUUCCCUGGGCUCCGGACCAUCCCAUCAUCCAAACAAGCGCGAUCAUACCUCAGCCUUCGGAAAGCCUCGUUCAACAGGCCCCCGUGUUCCUGCGCCGCCUCCCGUGCCAAGUUUUGGCAACCCUUUGCCCUCAAAGCCACCUCCGCCGGUGGAUACUAGCAAAAAGCCGAAGAAGAAAAAGAGAAAGCAUAAUCAAUUGGGCCUGACCCCGAAGACCGACGAGCAUGAGUCUAGCGAGGAGGAAGAUGACGUGGACGAGGAGGCGAGGUUAGCACCCGCCGGAACCGGAGUCGCGGCACCGUUGCAGUUUACCUAUAAAGGGCGCACGGCCACAUUGCAGACACCUGCGGAAUUUGCGGCUUGGAUUGCAGAGCGAAAGAAGCGGUUCCCGACUCAAUCGAGGGUUGAAGAGAAGAAGAAGGCCAUGGAGGAGGCAAAGAAAGCACGGGAGGAAGCCCUACGACAGAAGGAUUCGCGGAAGCAGGAGGCUAAACGACCCCAGAAGGACGCUCGCAGUCCGAAGGAGCAAGCCUCAAGCUCCGCCGACCCGGUAGAUGCAGCGGCAAAGGCGAAACAGAAAGCAGACAAAUUGCGACGCAAGCUCAUGAAAGAACAGAAACGGGUAGAAAAGGCAGAGGCCGACGCCGAGCGGGCUCGGAUGCGAGUUGAGCAGUUACAGAAAGGGACGACAGGUGCUGUCACGGAAACAAUAUCAUCCCCUCGGCAAGACCAAACCCAACUCGAAGCUCAAGGCAGUACCGCCACGGCCCCAGACUCGGCACAGGGGUUUCAAGGCAAGCCGUCUGAGCAUGAUGAGAUCCCCGAUAGAGACACGGAAACGGCCGAGGGCCCUAUUACUCUCCCAGCUGGAAGCACGAAGCAAAGCCAGGCAGAGUUAUCCGAACCUGCCGAGUUGUCUUCCGACGCCUCUGAUAGCAGUGACUGGACGUCGUCGAGUGGAUCAGAAUCUUCCGACUCUGACUCCGAUGACAGUGAUGAUGACGAUGACUCGGCCCCUGAGCAAAUAUCUUCGCGCCGCGAAGGACCCGAGCGAGUUCCCCCGCCCGCCCGCGAAGUGAAGAAGCGGAUAUGUCGACACUUUGCCCGCAAUGGACGCUGCCUACGUGGGGAUCAGUGCAAAUUCCUACACGAGGCGCCCCAACGCGCAGCCAAGGCGAAGCCUGUAGAGAAAAAGGGACGCAAAGGACUGCUUCAAGCGCUUCUCGGUCGUCAGAAAGAGGACGACGAUCGAAGGGUCAUGGAGGCAAUCAUGUGGCUGGGAGAAAACGGUCAUCUGGAAGCUCAACCGGCUCCGGGCAACCCCGUAGAGAAGACGGACGAUAGGAAUGAUGUCGAAGCUGCGACUCGGAGCCAGGGCGUGUCGAGCGCACCUGUGCCAGGGCAGGCGUUGGAGGGUAGUACGACUUCUGCUUAA